GACAAUGCCGAGGGGGAGGGAGGAGAUGUCGGUACAGGGGUAGAUAAGCCGGGGGGAGGGGUUAGAGACACAAGCAAAAAGGGCGGGACACGACACACGACGCUCUGUACUGGGGUCCCUCGUGGGGCAAACUGUGCUUGACAGAUGGACUUUUUUUUCUCCCGUCCCUCUCUCUCUGUUAUUCUCUGAUGCGCAAAAAUGUUUGAAAUGAAUCACUGCGAGUCCUGACAGCGCCUACAGCCUGGGCUUCAAGACACGAGUUGAGUUUGUUCUGCAGACGGAGCGACACGACCGACACCACGCCUGCUGCACGCGCCAGGUGAGACAGACACAGGUGAGGAAGCAUCGGCCGGUGUCAUCCACCCGAGACUUGACAGGACGGUGCCAGUCGUGUCUGAAUGAUCGCGACCACACCUGUUGCUGUCACUGUCCAUACCUUGCUCGUUUGCUGGUAGUGACAUCUGGUGUCGACUGCCAUCGCCGACAACCGCAACCAUCUUGUGAAUCAGUGGACCGACUGUGCGUGGGACAGACAGCAGUGCCAGGCAACUAGCAGCCGCGAGUGGUUUACUGGUGCCACACCACCACCACAACCUCGUAUUCCCACGGAAACAUAUUUUAUGACUUAGCCUCAUCACCAAUUGAGGGUAAAGACCAUGGGUCAAGGUGUUUCCAGAAGGGGGUCGUACACUCCCGGACAGAGGGACAGUGAGCUGCCAGUGUACGAUGCGGAGAACGGCGACAUCAGAAGAGAUAACAAAGGAUCUGUGAAGCUGGUGGCUACCGUCCAUAAAGACGAUGAAGGCAACGGGGCAGAUGCUGCUGCUCUUCCGACACCUGACAGCAGCACCUCGUCACCAGAUAAAAAGAAAGAAAAGAAAAAGCGUUUCGGCUUCAGCCUGAAGAAGAACGCCUCAGGCAAGCGCCGCCGGAAGUUGAACAAAGAAGCGAACGGCGUGCGGCCCAUUUCAUGCCCGCCAGCACUCCGCGCACCAGACAGCGACGAGGAGGAUGGAACCAUCAAAACCCGACGUUCUCAUGGUAUUUUCAAGCAAGGUGUAGAUGAUAUAACAGAAGAAACAGAACAUGACCAGACAGUUGACACAGUUUCGCUGUCUUCAAACGAUGAGAAGGAGAAAAGUAAGCACGAAGCGGAUGUCAAGGUGAAGAAAAAGAAAGACAACCACCAGAAGAGCAAAACACCAAAGAAGAAAGAAAGGACUGUGAAGGCAAAGGCCGAGAAACGCAAGUCAGACAGUGUUGUGGUGGUGAGUACCCGUCAGCUCACCGACAGUGGACUGACCGUGAGUACAGCAACACCCGCCAACACACAGAAGCUUCUGGUGAGACCACGGGUGUCACGGGUGGAGAACUGUCUGUGACGAGCUUGUCACGUGACACGCCAGCACUG